AUGUUGCCUCGCUCUGAUGAUGUCCGUCAUGCAACGGACGAAAGCUUAUCACCUUUUCACCGAAAUCGAAGCAGAUUGCCUCGGAAACAGCGUCAGCAUGAAUCUUCCAAGAAAAAUCCGCCGUCGUCUUCCGGUGGAGCCGACCUUCCAAUCUCUUCACCGCACACUUUCACUCGAAAUGGAACAGCAGCGAUGGCUGAAGGCCAACACAACAAAGCCUCCUCGACACUCGAUCUCGAUCUUGGAUCAACCCACGAGCAUGUCUUUUUAGGGUACAGCCUUCGCUCGAAGUGCAUACGAACCCAACCAGACACGCCUCCAAGUCCAACCUCUCUCGGCAUACACUCACUCUCGACGCUGCUUCUGCCAACUCACCAAAGCUGUGGUCGUACCAAUCGAGGCGGCACGAGUGAACACAACACGACUGUGCUCAUCUCGACAGCAGGUCCGGAACCCUGGCGUCAGCAGCCACUGGAAGCACUCUUGACAGGAUCCUCGAUGCGUGGCCUUGAGACGGUGUUCAGCGAAUCAGAUCCGGGGUUGAGCAGAAAAUCAAUGGCAAAGUGA